AUGUAUAGCCUACGUGACGGUAUACUGUAUAGAAGGUCAUUUCUGGGACCUCUAUUACGGUGCCUCUCACAAACCGAAGGAAGGAGGAUACUUCCUGACAUACACAGCGGAGAUUCCGGAAACCACAGCGGAAGAAGAUCCUUGGCAGUUAAAUCCAAAAUGGAAGGGUACUACUGGCUAAGUAUGGAUGAAAAUGCAAAAAACGUAGCUAAACGAUGCGAAAGGUUCGGAAUACCAGCUGCCAUAGUCUCUGAUAAUGGCAAACAGCUGCAAGGAAAGAACAUUGAUAUGUUGUUCGACACCUUCAACAUUCAGAAGAACAAGUCUACUCCCAUAUAUCCUAAGAGCAACGGACAAGCGGAGGUGACUAACAAAACCAUAGCAACGAACUUGAAAAAGAAGCUAGGAGCAUAG